CAGGAUAUGGUUAUAUAAUGAAAUCCAAAAUUCCAUCCAAGACCAGAUUGACUUAGAUGACUCGUUCAUCCACCUCAUCAAAAACUGAAGCCUCUUGGACUUUUCUUCCCCCCUUCCACCCAGACCCCCCUCCCCUACUCCUCUCUCUCUCUCUCUCUGUCUGUGGGUUGCAACUCAUUUUCCAAGGCCCCAUUCACACUUGGAUGCCUAAUAUUGGAUUUAAGGUUGUCUUUAUAUUGGUCAUUGGAUGAUUUAUUUUUAUUUAUUUUUCUUAUUUUAUUUUAUGGGUCUCAUUUAUUUUGGUUGGUAAGCUGACUUCCAGCUCCAGCUGCCGUGUAAGAACUUCCUGUAAAUCAUAGUAUGCUAGUUUUUCUAUAGCUUUUUCGAGGUCUUCUUGUGGCGUUUGGACCAACGGGAAAACCUGUGUUAGAAAUUUCUUUGAGUUGUGUUUAUUUUGUUAAGCUUGGGAAAAUCUUGCUGCAAAUCCAACUUCUUGAAGUUGUCGAUUUUGUGAAGUUCAGAAAUUCAAUCGCUGCAAAUCUGACUGGCAAGAUUUAAGGUUCUCUGUCUCUGGAUCUACAGUGAAGAAAUUGGUGAAUGUGAAUUUUGUUGGGGGGGCUAUGAAGUGUUUCUCAUUUUAUGUUGGAGACAAGAAGGAUGAAUCAAAGACUACAAAGUCUGUCUCGGUUCAAUCCAUGAAUUCUAUGUUAACUGAUCGUGAAGUUGGGAGAUCUGGGUCUGAAUUGAAUUCCCAAAAUGUCUCAGGCACCAGCACAGAAUCCAUUGGGAGGCCCUCAUUUGCUAGUUUGUCUCAAAGGCCCAGCAACCUCAGAGUGUUCACAGUUUCUGAGCUUAAGUCAUCUACCAAGAAUUUUAGCCGAUCUGCCAUGCUUGGAGAGGGUGGAUUUGGUUGUGUCUAUAGAGGGUCUAUCAAGAGCAUAGAGGACCCAACUAACAAGGUUGAAGUUGCAGUGAAACAGCUUGGUAAAAGAGGGAUGCAGGGGCACAAAGAAUGGGUUACAGAAGUGAAUGUUCUUGGAGUGGUUGAGCAUCCAAACCUUGUCAAAUUAGUUGGCUAUUGUGCAGAUGAUGAUGAAAGAGGAAUCCAACGUCUUUUGAUAUAUGAAUAUAUGCCUAAUGGAAGUGUGGAGGAUCAUUUAUCUGCUCGAUCAGAGGCGCCUCUUCCAUGGACCAUGAGGUUGAGAAUAGCCCAAGAUGCUGCUCGUGGCUUAACAUACCUACAUGAAGAAAUGGGGUUUCAGAUCAUCUUCAGGGAUUUCAAAUCUUCAAAUAUCCUUUUAGAUGAGCAAUGGAAUGCUAAGUUGUCAGAUUUUGGAUUGGCUAGGUUGGGACCUUCAGAAGGAUUGACUCAUGUUUCAACUGCGGUUGUGGGAACCAUGGGAUAUGCAGCUCCUGAGUACAUCCAAACCGGACGUCUUACAGCCAAGAGUGAUGUAUGGAGCUAUGGGGUCUUUCUUUAUGAACUUAUUACAGGUCGACGCCCUUUGGAUCGAAAUAGACCAAAAAGUGAGCAGAAGCUCUUGGAAUGGGUGAGGCCAUACCUAUCAGAUGCAAAAAAAUUCUCACAUAUAUUGGACCCAAGGCUUGAGGGAAAAUACCCCAUAAGGUCAGCACAGAAGCUUGCAACUAUAGCCAAUAGAUGCCUAGUUAGAAAUCCCAAGUCACGUCCAAAGAUGAGUGAAGUGUUGGAAAUGGUGAAUCGAAUUGUGGAUGCAUCAUCUGGAACAGCUAGUCCUCAACUUUCAUUCCGGAGCACAAUGUCUAUGGAAUCUUCACGGAAAAAUACAACAAAAAAGAAAAGAAGUAACAUAGAUUUGAAAGGUGGGGAAAGUGGUUGGUUUGCUCGGAUGUGGACUCCAAAGCUUUUAAGAACAUGUUGAUUGCAGUAAAACUUCAGCAUACGCAGCAGGUAGGUCUUUUGGUCUGUGGAUUACUCUGGAUAAACUUAUAUAUUGAGGCUAAUAGGGUUAUUCAUGUAUUGAUUUAACAAUAAAUUUUAUCCUAGAACUUUCAUAUGGUGUAACUUCUCUUCCACUGAGCAAUAUUUAAGAGAACUGUAAAGUUGAGAGUCCAGAGAGUGCCUAAUUGAUUGGAAAAUGAAGAUGCUAAUUUUAAAGAAA